CAACUCAGUAAGCAAGCCGAGUCAUCCAUGCCGGGAGAGUGUUUCAUUGGCAGAGACCAGUUGACUCAGGUCGUGGCAAACGCCGUGAAAUCGGCUCGAGGCCCUUCGAUCGCCAUGAAAAAAGGUCCAACCAUUGUUCUGAUUACCGCCGUAUUGCACCUCCUCCCAAAAUGAUUUUUGAUCGAAUGUUUGAUUUGGAACCAUCGAAAGAAGCUGGCGGUGUUCCGCGAAGCGUGGUGCGACUUCCUGCUGCCAUCGAGACAACUCCCAACGACUCGCGGUCACAGCAUUCGAUGCCGGAAGCAAGGCCCCAUCGUUCCCUCCGCAUCCCGCUACCGUCUUCUUACGUAUCGAGGACUCAAUCCGAACUCCAGCUUGCCUUGGAGCAAGAAGAAGCGGAACAUCGUGACGCGGCCAUGUUCUAUCGAUUAGUGAACGGCAUCAAAGUGCGUCAGUCAUCACAAUAUCCCCCCUCGCCGAAUGUAGAGGCUCCGCACAAUGACAGUAUUGCGAGUAUUAUACGAACGAGAAUGUCGGAUCUGGCAGUCAUUCCGGCUCCAACUCCUCCAGAACAAUUGCCCUUUCAUCUGCACUGGCAACAGUGUUCACGCCCGAAUACUUUGUGUUGGGAUAGCACAGCUAUAUCCCCUACAGUGGCUGAUCCGGCGGACGAAUGGUCUAUCACCGGAUAUGAAGCAUCGACCGAGCCGUUAGAAGCACUGCAGUCUUCGCCGGCAGAGAUGGAGAGCUUACAGUUAGAAGAGGACGAAGGAGUGUUUUCAUUGGACUUGUGACGCAUAACGGGCAGCGAAAUAGCCUUGAUCGUAAACGAGGAAGGAUCAACCGACAAAUAGAUUUACUGUUGCCUAACUCACAGUCAAACACCCAGGGUGACGCAAUUUUGACCAAUUCGGCUAUACAACUGGUAAACCAUAAGCUAUCAAACUACUAAACAAAGUGGCUAUGCUUUU